AUGGCAGCACCAGGAAGCACGGCCAAUGGAGUGCUUGUGUUCAUGCCCCCAAACAGCACUCGCAUCGUCCAACAAGGCCAGGGGGUCUCUGGUGGCAUUUUUCAGACUCCUGAGAUGGUGCAAUGUGCGCCUCAGCAGUUCACAGUCAUGAACCAACUUGGGAACCAACCUCUUGGGUCAGUGUACCCCAGGAGUCCCGCUGAGCAGGUCGCGCAGCUGAAGAAAGUAGGGAUGAUGGAGAUAUUCCUCAAAGCACAGCCCAAGGCCCUGGGGGCCAUCCAGAUCCUGACUGGGCUGAUGCACAUUGGCUUUGGGGGUGUCUCUGCAGUUUUCAUCCGACACUACGCUUCCAUCUCUUUUAUUGGAGGAUAUCCCUUCUGGGGAGGACUUUCUUUUGUCAUUUCUGGAUCCCUCUCGGUUGCAGCUGAGAAUCAUCGCAACACCUGUUUGAUGAGAGGCAGCCUGGGAAUGAACAUCACUAGCGCCAUCUUCUCAGCCAUUGGGAUCAUUCUCUUGCUAACGGAGCUGAUUAUUAAUGCAUCAAAUUACAGCUACACUUAUGAAAGUGCCGGGAAGGGGAUCACGUUCAUGCUGCUUUUGUUCACCAUCCUGGAGUUUUCCAUUGCCGUCUCAACCGCAUACUUUGCAUCCCAAGCCAUCCGCUAUACCCCCAACACUGCCAUGUUGUUCAUGCCAUAUGUUGCCAAUGCAAAUGUUGGGGUUCCUUCUGCACAAAUGGCCUCUCCAGAACCUCACACCAAUGUGGCUUAG